UGAGCUGGGCGAGAUCGAAAGUAUUUGGAGGCAGGGUGACGAUGCAUGGAGUGGUGCACCGCCAUGGUACAAGCCGAUUCUUUCGACCGAAGACUUUCACCCUCUGGCGGAGGAUUGCAAAAUGAUGGGAGUGCCCCACGUGGGUAUUGGGUUGAGUAACGAGUAGGUGCAGAUGUGUCAAGUUUCCCCUCAUCGCUACCAUAAAACAAGAUUUCCUUGCAGAUUUCGCGAGGAGGCAGAUCGAAGGGACACUCGAAUGCUGUCCAUAUGGUACGGUAACACGCUGGGCGUGGACAAUUCGGCAGUGAUUGGAGAUGUUUCUUUCUUGGUGUGGGGAUAUCACCACGACUUAUCUAUAGAAAAAGACGCAGCCGCGUGGAGGUGA